AUUAAAUCUAGCAAUCAAAAUGGAAACCUAAACUAAAACUCAACCUCCCUUACAUUAUUUCAAUAGCUUGAAUUCCCUAAUAAAACACAAACAUUACAACCAAGAAAUCUAAAGGAUCUCAAAUCACAAUCACUUUUUCUGCUUAGUUACGGAAGAAAUCAUAGUGAACGAGGAUGAUGAAGAACAACAACAACCAGUAGAAGCAAAUCAUCUGCACUGGGUCAUCCACACUUCAAACACUAUAACGGUUUCUUCUCAAGAGUUUGGAGUUAAAAUUUUGUUUAGGCAGCUAUGGUUUCCUCUCAGAUGAGGAUUGUCUUCGGUCUCUUGACAUUUGUCACCGUCGGCAUGAUCAUCGGUGCUUUGUUACAACUAGCAUUUUUAAGAAGGCUGGAGGACUCUAUUGGCACGGAGUUUCUACCUGCUGGAAGGUUACAUAAAGCUCAGUAUGAUAGCCAACAUCAAUUGCCCCGAGGCUUUCCUAAUUGGAUUAAUGACAAAGAAGCAGAAAUUCUUCGUCUUGGCUAUGUUAAACCAGAAGUAGUAAGCUGGUCACCACGAAUCAUAGUAUUGCAUAAUUUUUUGAGCACGAAGGAGUGUGACUACCUUAAGGGAAUAGCACUUGCUCGCCUUGAAAUUUCCACUGUCGUGGAUACGAAAACCGGGAAGGGCGUUAAGAGUGAUUUUAGAACGAGCUCUGGAAUGUUUUUAAGUCAUCAUGAGAAAAACUUUCCAAUGGUCCAGGCAAUUGAAAAAAGAAUUUCUGUCUAUUCUCAAGUUCCAGUAGAAAAUGGAGAGCUAAUUCAAGUGUUAAGGUACGAGAAGAAUCAAUUUUACAAGCCUCAUCAUGACUACUUUUCUGAUACUUUUAACUUGAAGCGUGGUGGUCAGCGGAUUGCAACUAUGCUUAUGUAUCUAAGUGAAAACAUUGAAGGAGGAGAAACUUACUUUCCGAAGGCUGGUUCUGGUGAGUGUAGUUGUGGUGGGAAGACCGUUCCAGGACUGUCAGUCAAACCAGCCAAAGGAGAUGCAGUACUUUUCUGGAGCAUGGGGUUAGAUGGGCAAUCAGAUCCAAAGAGCAUUCAUGGAGGGUGUGAAGUACUGUCAGGGGAAAAAUGGUCUGCCACAAAAUGGAUGAGGCAAAAGAGUACUCUGGUACCAUAAUUCAUACUUUCUAGUUUCAUUUGUAUUGUAUAUCACAAUUGAAUAUUUUGUUACAUAUAUCAACUAAUAAAUUUAUAUAUAUAGAGAGAGAGAGAGAAAAAAAAAUGGAGAGGCUAAUUUAGAUAGCGUCUUAACAUAAUUAAUCACACUUAGAAUGAAUCAAUUUAUUUAAUGAAUAAUACAGUAGAAGCAACUUCUGAUGUUUCUUUGUUCUUU